CCAAAUCAACCAACCAAAUCGAAUGAUUCGAAUCUUCCGCCGCUCGUGCCAAAACCAGCUCACAUAAGAACACAUUCCCAUGCGCUCUCUUCCUCGCUAGUCGCUAUUCGCCUAUCCCCAACUACCCAAGCAACCAGACGUUCCACUCCGACGGACCACCCGAGGCCUCCGAAACUCCAUGACCCGACCCCAACUCACAGCCCGCGAACCCGAGUCCAAGGCCCGAAAGCCCGCCGGAGCCACCGCCAUGCGCCUCAUAGUGCCUCUACAAGGAGUGGUCCAAGGCCGAGGAGGCCUAAUCCUGGGAUCUCUCAUCCCCUGCGCGCUCUUCUACUUCUUCCAGCUCUACGCGAAACGACACCGCUCUCCCAAAUCCGAUUCCAACCCUGUCUCGCCGUCUCAGUCCUCGCCCAACCUCGCCGAGCUCCAACGCUCGUCUUCGCGGUCCAAUUUGUCGAGCCGCGGGUCUAUAGGCAGGGUCCAGGUCUCGUCUCGGGCCAGCUCGAUUGCGAAACCGAACGACUCUCCGUAUUAUAUCGGGUUGGAUAAGGUUUCGGAAGAUCCAUACGACAGGUUCGAUAAUCCGAAUGGGAUUAUCCAGCUCGGGUUGUCCGAAAACAGACUGUGUUUUGAUUUGAUUGAGAAAUGGGUUUCGGAGAACUUGGAGGAUUCAGUAAUCGGAAGCGACGGUGGUGAUUUGAAUAUUAGUGGAAUCGCGGCGUACCAACCCCACGAUGGAACGAUGGAGUUCAAAGUGGCAAUGGCAGGUUUCAUGUCUCAGGUCAUGGGAAGAGCAGUCACGUUUGACCCGCAGCAAAUGGUGUUAACGUCUGGUGCAACUCCUGCUCUUGAAAUCCUAUGUUUCUGCUUGGCAGACCCUGGAAAUGCAUUUCUUGUCCCCACGCCUUAUUAUCCUGGUUUUGAUAGGGAUAUGAGAUGGCGAACUGGAGUGGAAUUAGUACCGGUUCACUGUCGCAGUACUGACAACUUCAUCAUAAGUAUCUCUGCUCUUGAUCAAGCAUAUAUUCAGGCAAGAAAACGAGGACUAAAAGUUCGCGGGAUUCUAAUCUCCAAUCCUUCAAACCCUGUUGGCAAUCUGCUACCUCGGGAAACACUCUACAAUCUUUUAGACUUUGCCCAAGAGAAGAACAUCCAUAUUAUCUCUGAUGAAAUAUUUGCGGGGUCUACGUAUGGAAGCGAGGAGUUUGUAAGCAUGGCUGAAAUUCUUGAUUCGGAAGAUAUUGACAAAAGCAGAAUUCAUAUAGUGUAUGGUCUGUCAAAAGAUCUCUCUCUUCCUGGAUUUAGAGUUGGGGUUAUCUAUUCCUUUAAUGAGAGUGUUUUGGCUGCUGCUAAAAGGUUAACGAGGUUUUCAUCGAUUUCUGCUCCAACCCAGUGUCUUGUAACUUCAAUGCUUUCAGAUACAAGAUUUACAUUGGCAUAUAUUGAGACCAACAAGAAGAGGAUAUGGGAAAUGCAUGAGUUGUUUGUAGCAGGCUUGAAACAAUUGGGAAUCAAGUGUACAAUGAGUAGUGCUGGUUUAUAUUGUUGGGCUGAUAUGAGUGGAUUAAUUCCUUCUUAUAGUGAGAAAGGGGAACUUGAGUUAUGGGAUAAGCUGUUGAAUUUUGCUAAGAUCAAUGUAACUCCCGGAUCUGCUUGUCAUUGCAUAGAACCAGGAUGGUUCCGGUGUUGUUUUACUACUUUAUCUCAAGAGGAUAUUCCUAUAGUUAUAGAUCGGAUCCGGAAAGUUGCUGACACUUGUAAAUCUUCAAGUUGAAAUACUACAAAUUAGUUUAUGUUCUUGC